GACUUCUGUUGUUGGUGAAGUUGCUCGUGGUAAUGGAAACGGCUUGGUAGAAGACUAACAACAUUAGAGGAAGUACAGGAUUGCGACAUUUGCGCAGUGAAAUUAUGUGAAGAAAUGGAUACGCGUGAGAGUGAUCUGAUAUGUGUGCCAGCUGCCUGCAUCACACACUGCCUCCACUGCUGAAGCCAAUGUUCUCUGUGGCUGGCAGUGUGUCAGCUGAUACUGCAGCUGCCGCUGCUGCUGAUGUAAACCGUGCUGAUGUUUCACAAACCGACACGGUGUGCUACGAUCUGGGCCGCAGAUUAACAAAGCGGCAUCAGAGGCACUACAUGCACUCACUAACUGAUCAUGAAAGUUGGUGGAUUCUGUUUUCCACCAUAAAUACAUGAUAAGACCAGAGCAGACAUUAACACAAUACCAACAUGGCGGCCAUCUUGAAUGAUUAUGCAAUGUGACAAUGGUGUAAAACCUGUAGGCUAUGUAUAUGAUGUGUGCAGCAGCUGUAAUGCAACAAUUUUACCUCCAUGAGCUCCGCUGCCUUGGUCAGCGGCUCUGUCUGGCUGAUAAAGGGCAUAUCUCCGGCUGUGGAACUUAUGAGAGACAUGGUUAUAUUUACUCCGCACUGGCUGGAUUUGUCAACAUUGUUAAGAAAGACAAGUCGACCAUUAUAGAAGUUCGAAGUAUUAAUGAUCAGAGUAUUGUACCUGCUCCUGGGGACAUUGUCACAGCAAAGUACCACUUCUCAAAACAUGGAAAGCAACAAGCUUGCAGCAGAAGAGAUUUGUUUCACAGUAUCAAAGAAGAAAUGCUCAUGGCUCUUAAGGUUGCACUGAUCAACCAGCGGUUUUGUAAAUGUGUCAUAAAAUGCAUCGGAGAUACUGUACUAUCAAGGCCUUACAGGGGAAUCCUUCGGAAAGAAGAUGUAAGAGCCACCGAAAAAGAUGGCGUUGAAAUGUAUAAAUGUUUUCGUCCUGGCGACAUUAUCCUUGCCAGAGUUCUACCAAUGACAGACAUUCACUCGUAUCAACUGUCAACUGCUGAAAAUGAACUUGGAGUUGUGAUAGCUCAUAGUGAAGCUGGUAUUGAGAUGGUACCUAUCAGCUGGACGCAGAUGCAGUGCCCAAAAACUUUUGUAAAGGAAUGGAGAAAAGUAGCAAAAGUUGUUCCAGAAGAUACAAUAGUAGACUGAGACAUUACAAAAUGUUUUCACUCUUGUUAUACCUUCUAUGAAAUUUAAACAUGACCGUUACUGUUGUGGUCACCAAUAUGACUGUGUAAUAUUUUACAUUGCUUUGUGUGUAGUUCUAAUAUACAAAUUUUUACUUUUGUAAGUA